AUGUUUGAGGUGACUGGACCCCUGUCGGCCCAGUGUGAGAGGCUUGACCUAUGCAUCCUAGGACCCCUGUCGGCCCAGUGUGAGAGGCCUGACCUAUGCAUCCUCGGACCCCUGUCGGCCCAGUGUGAGAGGCCUGACCUAUGCAUCCCAGGACCCCUGUCGGCCCAGUGUGAGAGGCUUGACCUAUGCAUCCUAGGACCCCUGUCGGCCCAGUGUGAGAGGCCUGACCUAUGCAUCCUCGGACCCCUGUCGGCCCAGUGUGAGAGGCCUGACCUAUGCAUCCUCGGACCCCUGUCGGCCCAGUGUGAGAGGCCUGACCUAUGCAUCCUAGGACCCCUGUCGGCCCAGUGUGAGAGGCCUGACCUAUGCAUCCUAGGACCCCUGUCGGCCCAGUGUGAGAGGCCUGACCUAUGCAUCCUAGGACCCCUGUCGGCCCAGUGUGAGAGGCCUGACCUAUGCAUCCUAGGACCCCCUGUCGGCCCAGUGUGA